AUGGCUCUCCCCAUGGGCGUCUACCGCGCCGACCACGUCGGCUCCCUCCUGCGGCCCAAGGAGGUCCUCGCCGCGCGCGAGAAGGCCGCCAACGGCGAGCUCACCGCCGCCCAGCUCCGCGAGAUCGAGGACAAGCACAUCGCCAACGCCGUAUCCGGGCAGCUUGACACCGGCAUCCGCGCCGUGACGGACGGCGAGUUCCGGCGGAAGUGGUUCCACGUCGACUUCCUGAAGCACCUGGCGGGCGUCGAGGAGCGCGGCGCCAUGGCCUCGACCAACGUCAGCGUCGGCGGCACAAUGCCGCCAAGGCUCGUCGUGGUCGACAAGAUCAGCCACCCGAAGGCGAUCCAGGUCGACGACUUUGCCUACCUCGAGUCGCGCAUCGCCGCCGCGGGCGCCCAGGGCAGCGCCACCACCAAGGUGUGCAUCCCGUCGCCGACCAUGAUCCACUUCCGCAACAGCCGCGAGACCAUCGACGAGAAGGCCUACCCUUCCUUGGACCCGUUCUUCGCCGACCUGGCGCGCGUCUUCCAGGAGGAGCUCGCCGAUCUAUACAAGGAGGGCUGCCGCUUUGUGCAGCUCGACGACACCAACCUGGCGUACCUGUGCGACCCCAAGAUGCGCGCCGAGGCCGAGUCGCGCCACGGCGACGCCAACGAGCUCGCCCGACAGUACGCCGCCCUCAUCAACGCCGCCAUCAGCAAGCGCCCCUCCGACAUGACGGUCGGUAUCCACCUGUGCCGCGGCAACCACCGCUCGCAGUGGUUCGCGCAGGGCGGCUACGAGCCCGUGGCCGAGGUCCUGUUCAAGGACCUCGACGUCGACGUCUACUUCCUCGAGUACGACGACGCGCGGUCGGGCGACUUCUCCCCGCUGCGCCACCUGCCCGCCACCAAGACCGUCGUGCUCGGCGUCAUGACGUCCAAGCGCGCGGCGCUCGACGACCGCCAGGAAAUAAUCAAGCGCCUGCGCGAGGCCGCCGAGUACUGCCCCCGCGGCCUCGACCAGCUGUGCCUGAGCCACCAGUGCGGCUUCAGCUCCACCUCCGAGGGCAACGACCUCACCGAGGACGAGCAGUGGGCCAAGCUGCGCCUCGAGGUCGACAUCGCCAAGGAGGUCUGGGGCGACGACCUGUCCAAGUAG